AUGCGAAAUGUCCGAAACAACAGUCAAGAGGAGGUAGAGAGUUUCGACCCGACACUAGUGCGCUUCGUGGAAGCCCCACUCCCAGCGGGCGUGACCGUAACUCAGAGACCCUGGCAGGAUCCAGCUGACGACCCAAGACCUGUGAUCCUUGCCACCACCAACAAAGCUUUCUUGGACUUUACUGCGAACUGGUUAGAGAGCAUCCGCCGUUUGGACACUAACCCUAAGAUCCUGAUUGUGGCAGAGGAUAAAGAGACACAGCGGUUCUUGUACGGGCGACCUGGGGUUCACGUGGCUGCCUCACAAGGCUUCAACACUCCGGCUGAGCAGCUACCCUGGGACUCGCCCAUCUACAACGCUAUGGUCAACAAGCGGCCUGCCUACAUCUACCAACUCCUACAGCAGGGACAUGACGUGUUGUUCAGCGAUGUAGACACCGUCUGGCUUCGAGAUCCCUUCCCGUAUCUUCAAGGAGACUUUCACGUGGCCGUGGAGGAAGACCAGCACAAGCCUUACGUCGCCUAUUGCGCCGGCUUCGUCUUCUUCCGAGCCGCUGAGAAGACUAGAGAAUUCGUCCGUGAGUGGCUCCGAAGGUUACACCAAUCAAAGACCAAGAUCUCAGACCAGGUUCUGAUGAACGAGAUGCUGACCAAAGAUCAGAUUCCAGGUCUCAAGAAGAUGGUCAUGCCGUCUGAGAUCUUCCCGAACGGGAAGCUAUUCUUCAUGACGCCUGGAUGGCGGCAGCAGCACCGACAGUCGGUUGCCGUAGUCCACAACAACUGGAUUCAGAGCAAGGAGAGGAAACUGCAGAGGUUUAAGGAGCACGGACUGUGGUUUACCGACACUGGCAAGAUGUGAUCAUGGCUCUUGCCCUUGAUUCUAAGAUACAUCAAACCCUCCUUACCUUAGUUGAUUCAAUCAAUUAACAUCGAGGAAGACCGAUUUCUAUGGAUUCAUUUAUCAUCAACUCUUUUCUUCAGACUUCCUUCUAGAAUGAUAUAGUCUUCUUGUAUUCCUGUAAAGUAGAAAGGUCAUCACGGUGUCGACCGCUGAUAUGCAUAAAAUACUACGAAAAGGUAACUGUUCACUUAAAAGAAAGCCUAAAUUAAGUCAUGAGCAGAUCCAGGUUUUGGAUCAACAGGGGGAGGGUUAUCUGCCAAGAGAAGGUUUGUAGGUAAUAUGCUUUGUUUUUCUGCAUGGUUUUCAUAUUUUGGGGCCCAAGAUCUUAAAUAAGAAGGGGAAUUAAGACCUCGAUUCGCCACUGCAAGUUCUGCAGUAUAAGUGACUUGAAAGAAGAUGGAGUGCUCCAUUGUCGCUAAUGGUUUCCUUUUAUACGGCGAGUAAUUUUUACCUGCAGAGGAAUGGCAUGGAGUCUUACUCUUGCAUGCGCAAUUCGUGUGAACAACUCAGAGUCAGACAUUUUUAACGCAAUACUACAACUAAGUCACUCGAUUUUAAGAGUACAUAUAGGCCUAUAUAGAGUAAAGUAUAUAAGAGUAGACGCUUAAUAUUUCAGUAUAUCAAAAAGACUUACUUUCCCCAAGCAACGGUAGAAAUUGCUUAAACCUCGUUCACUAAAAAAAAAUACAUUAAAAAAUUGCAUUUUAAAUAAAUACGCAUUAUUAAAUUAUAAUAUAAAACUCGUGUAGGCCUAAACCUGAUCUCAAACUUGGAAUAAUUUUGUAGUCCUACUUAAUGUUGAUAGAAAGGGUAUUGUCAACUCAUUUUAAACAAAGCAGUUCGCAUUAUUAGGGAAAUUAAUGAAUUUUAAGCCAGAUUGAAUUUGCAGUUUGUGUUAAUGUGGUUUUGUUAUUCUCCAAUAAGUAAACUACAACGUGUUAUUGAA